AUGUCACAGAGCGCAGUUCGCGUAGCGACCGGCCUCCAGCAACAUCUGACAAAGGAGUGUUUGCAAAAGGCAGCGGAAUGCUUCAGACUUAAACCCAGACAUUUGUUAUUCUAUCAUCCGAUCAAAUUCGAAAUUCGCCACACAUUUCCGUCCUCGAAAUUAUCACUGUAUUCAGAAGAGAUCAACGGAACCACGUAUUGGUUAGGGCAUCUUCGGAACAAGCUCUCCAAGGACACGCCCAUUUUCACAUACGAAGGCACUUACAAUGAAGCGGAUUUUCUCAAAGCAUUCGAAGAAUUCGAGAACAUUCACGAUUUGUUCGCACGUUCUCGGUUACCUUUGAUAGUGGCCGAAGAAAAGAUCACCACGUCGAUCUUUUCUUAUCUGUCGAGGAUUGACAGCGAAAUCGAUAAACGUAACUAUCCAUGCUACCUUUUCUACAUGACCGAUGAGCAAAUGAAAAAUCUCAUUCAAAAACGAUUGCAGCUACCUGAAGGCUAUACGAUUGGUACACCUAAUUUGGAGGAGGAAGCACGUUGUAUGACUGGCACGUGGAGAUAUGGCGCUGAUGGUGGUCUCGAAUUGACAAGGGAAAAAAUCCGCCGCUUUCCCUCCGUAUGCGUUCGAAAAGAUGGCCGAAUGGUCGGUUUUUAUAUGUUGGAACCGCUCGGCUGGUUGAAUCAUCACUUUGUGUUCGAAGAGCACCGUGGAAAAGGCAUUGGUACACUGCUGGAGUUAGCACACAGUCAAAAUUGCAUACGUGCCGGUAUGAGAGUAUGUAAACUUGUCGAACUAUGUAAUCAAACAGCCAUUGAAUCCACAAAACGUUCGAAAUAUUGGACACUGGCCAAAGGUGAUAGCGGUGAAGAACUUGUUAUUGAUUACUUGGAUAUUUACAAAUAA